AAAGCCUCCAAAGUAAAAAGAAAAAUGAAAAACAAUUGUCGUCUCUUCGAUAACGAUAACACUAAAAUCUUUCUCAACUCAAAGUAAAGAAAGUGUAUACAAAAUCUCGGAAAGUUUUCUGACCACAAUCCGUCGUCGUUUUCUUCUUCUUCUUCUUCUUCUCAGAACCAAAACCCAACCUUCGUUUGAGUUUCUUUGGAGGAUCCGUUUUCGGAGUCUAGGGUUUGGGAUUUGACGGCGGCGAUGGCGCAGGCGGCGGGGCGGAGCAGGGUGGUGGGAGACUACGUGGUGGGGAAGCAAAUCGGCGCGGGGUCGUUCUCGGUUGUGUGGCACGGGAGGCACAAGGUGCACGGGACCGAGGUGGCGAUCAAGGAGAUCGCCACGCUUCGCCUCAAUAAGAAGUUGCAGGAGAGCCUCAUGUCCGAGAUUUUCAUCUUGAAGCGGAUUAACCACCCUAACAUAAUCUCUUUGCACGAUAUCAUAAAUCAGGUUCAUGGGAAGAUACAUCUUGUGUUAGAGUACUGUAAAGGGGGAGAUCUUUCCUUGUACAUCCAACGCCACGGAAAGGUACCAGAGGCAACUGCCAAACAUUUUAUGCUGCAGCUGGCUGCUGGUCUACAAGUUCUUCGGGACAAUAACCUUAUUCAUCGAGACCUGAAACCACAGAACCUUCUUCUCUCUCGAAAUGAUGAGAAGUCAGUGCUGAAGAUUGCUGACUUUGGAUUUGCAAGAUCUCUGCAACCUAGGGGCCUUGCUGAAACCUUGUGUGGUUCACCACUCUACAUGGCUCCAGAAAUCAUGCAACUACAGAAAUAUGAUGCUAAGGCAGAUCUUUGGAGUGUUGGUGCAAUCCUAUUUCAGCUUGUUACAGGAAGAACGCCUUUCACUGGAAACAAUCAAAUACAGUUACUACAAAAUAUUAUGAAAUCAACAGAAUUGCAGUUUCCGUCUGAUAGCCAAAGUCUGAGUUUUGAAUGCAAAGAUUUGUGUCAGAAAUUGCUACGUCGGAAUCCAGUGGAACGUCUAACUUUUGAAGAAUUCUUUAACCAUCCAUUCCUUUCUCAGAAGCAAACAGAACAGGAUGAGCCAUUGAGGAAUAGAAGUUCUCCAAGGCUGGUUGGUGGGUUUUGUUCUACAGGGUCUGACCCUUUGAGAAGAACUGAGGAAAAUUAUCAAGAAGAUUGUUUGCCUUUCAUGUUAGAUGAUGACUCUAGUGGCCCGGAGGGGAGUCCAUCCUUUUCAAGGAAGAAGUCCUCAAUGAAGUCGACCUAUGGAUUUGAUCUAAAUGCUAAACUAGAUAAAGCGGAGUCAUCAUCUCCUAUUUCUAAUAACAUAAAUCAUACUUCUGGAUUUGGUAGUGUGACACAGAGAUCUGAAAACACUACUAAAAGAUUGGACAACCAUAAAAUUUCUAGAAAUCUCACUAAUCCUCUAGAAUCUCCAGAACAGCUAUUCACAAGUCCUUAUCCAAAAGCAGCAGUUACGGAUUCCCUGGAGAAUAUUGAUCAAGAAUAUGUUCUGGUGUCUGGGCCCCCUAUAGAUGUUUCAUCUUCUUCAGUGGGUGCUUCAAGGCCCAGCCAUACCCCAUAUCGGUCAGGUAGUUUACCCCAAGAGUCUUCUAGUACAAUCACUAGACUAAGUGUUCCAAUGCCAAUAGUUGGUGUACCUUCCAAUAGCAUAUGCCAAAUUGGAAGUUCAGGAAGUCAGGACUCUGCUCCUGGGACAUCGCUUGGAUCAAUGGAUACUGGUGAUGAACAGCCAUCAGCUCACUGCAUGACAAGGGUGAAAUCAUUGCAACAGUGUGCAUCUUCCAUCACGGAGUUAGUUAAUGAAAAGAUGGAGGCAGGAAAGCAUCUGGAAGCAUUUUCUAUUCAGCUUGUAAUUCUUGCAAUCUGGAAGCAAGCACUGCAUAUAUGCCAUACACAAGCUGCAUCAGCCAUGGAAGGAAGUCCAAAUCAAGAAACUUCAAGAUAUAGAAGGAGCACCAGCAGGAAGCAUGGCAGUCCUGAUUCAGAAGAAUGCCUUGAUGGAAACACCCUAGGGCCGAAGGAUAUAUUAUCUCAAAUUGAAAGUGAAUUUUUGAGGGAAUUUGAGCAUGCUGAAGAACUUGCCAAGACCAUUGAGCCCGGAAACACAGAGAUGCCAGAUGCAAUGGAGACAAUAUUUCAAUCCGCCCUUGCUUUUGGAAGACAUGGGGGUGUAGAAGAGCUCAUGGGAGAAAUGGAAAGUGCAGCUGCAUUGUAUUCAAAAGCUGUCCGUCUGUUAGUUUUCCUUUUAGUUGAGGGACCAUCCCUGAUUCUUAAUCCUCCAUUUUCACUGACAAACUCAGACCGUUACAGGCUUCGGAAUUACAUUGAUAUUCUUAAUAACAGGCAAGGUUAUUCAAGGUCCCAGCGAAUGACACUACUGAAAUGUGAUGACAGUCGAGGUAUCCUUAAGGAAAAGUUUUAGGAAUGAUUAUUUAUCUCCCAUUCCACACAACAAAUUAUUUAUUUGUACAGUUAUUCUUUGAGGGAGGGGAAAUUGGGGAUGCUGAUGGGAGUAAACCGGCACAAGAUAGUUGUAAAGUUCAACAUUUCUGUGAUUAGAAUGAUGGCCAAAUGUGCAUUUGAUUAUGUAUUCUGUGUCAGUUGUCUCGCGAAUUCUGUGAUGAUGUGUUUGAAAUUUGAAUUUGUUUUUUAUUUUCUUAUUAAAACCUUAGAAUAUUAAGAUAAUAUUAACACUAGUUAAAAUUU